AUGCAUGGAUCAAAUAUAUCAUGGCGAAUUCUUCAGAAAAAAUUCUGUCUUCCACAAAGGAAUCUGAUAAGUGAGAUUUCGAGUAAGUGUUUGCAUAAUCUUCUUCUGUCCGAAGAAAUGAUUCAUCGAAAUAAUGAGUCACCAUUGAUAUCGACACAUCUGACAAAUGUUCGGGAGUUCCUCUAUGCAAUCCUUUUCCUUCUUCUUGUUGCUGCAUAUCUCGCUUGUACACGUCUUCUCUUUGUUUUCGGGGCCUCUAGUGAGUUACAGACAGAGUUCGAAAAGGUCAAAUCUUUGAUGAUUCCAUCAUCUAUGAUUGAGUUGCGAAAACUUCUGGAUAGGUAUCCUACAUCUGAACCGAAUUCUUUCUGGUUAAAGAAUCUCUUUCUAGUUGCUCUGAAACAAUUAGGAGAUUCUCUAGGUGGCAACAUGCUAUUGGGUGGUGGUCCCGCUUAUAGGGUCAAAUCAAUACGCUCUAAGAAGAAAUAUUUGAAUAUAAAUCUCAUCGAUAUCAUCGAUCUCAUAAGUAUCAUACCAAAUCCCAUCAAUCGAAUCACUUUUUCGAGAAAUACGAGACAUCUAAGUCAUACAAGUAAAGAGAUCUAUUCAUUGAUAAGAAAAAGAAAAAACGUGAACGGGGACUGGAUUGAUGAUAAAAUAGAAUCCUGGGUUGCAAACAGCGAUUCGAUUGAUGAUGAAAAAAGAGAAUUCUUGGUUCAGUUCUCCACCUUAACGACAGAAAAAAGGAUUGAUCAAAUUUUAUUGAGUCUGACUCAUAGUGAUCAUUUCUCAAAGAAUGACUCUGGUUAUCAAAUGAUUGAACAACCGGGAGCAAUUUACUUACGAUACUUAGUUGACAUUCAUAAAAAGUAUCUAAUGAAUUAUGAGUUCAAUACAUCCUCUUUAGCAGAAAGACGGAUAUUCCUUGCUCAUUAUCAGACAAUCACUUAUUCACAAACUUCGUGUGGGGCUAAUAGUUUGCAUUUCCCAUCUCAUGGAAAACCCUUUUCGCUCCGCUUAGCCUUAUCCCUCUCUAGGGGUACUUUAGUAAUAGGUUCUAUAGGAACUGGACGAUCUUAUUUGGUCAAAUACCUAGCGAAAAACUCCUAUCUUCCUUUCAUUACGGUAUUUCUGAACAAGUCCCUGGAUAACAAGUCUCAAGGUUUUGAUAAUAUUGAUGUUGAUGCUAGUGACGAUAGUGAUGCUAGUGACGAUAUUGAUGCUAGUGACGAUAUCCUUGAUAUGGAGCUGGAACUGCUAACUAGAAUGAAUGCGCUAACUAUGGCUAUGAUGCCUGAAGAUGAAGACCUACUUUAUAUCACCCUUCAAUUCGAAUUAGCAAAAGCAAUGUCUCCUUGCAUAAUAUGGAUUCCAAACAUUCAUGAUCUGGAUGUGAAUGAGUCGAAUUACUUGUCCCCAGGUCUAUUAGUGAACCUUCUCUCCAGGGAUUAUGAAACUAGAAAUAUUCUUGUUAUUGCUUCGACUCAUAUUCCCCAAAAAGUGGAUCCCGCUCUAAUAGCUCCGAAUAAAUUAAAUACGUGCAUUAAGAUACGAAGGCUUCUUAUUCCACAACAACGAAAGCACUUUUUCACUCUUUCAUAUACUAGGGGAUUUCACUUGGAAAAGAAAAUGUUCCAUACUAAUGGAUUCGGGUCCAUAACCAUGGGUUCCAAUGCACGAGAUCUUGUAGCACUUACCAAUGAGGCCCUAUCGAUUAGUAUUACACAGAAUAAAUCAAUUAUAGAUACUAAUACAAUUAGAUCCGCUCUUCAUAGACAAAUUUGGGAUUUGCGAUCCCAGGUAAGAUCGGUCCAGGAUCAUGGGAUCCUUUUCUAUAAGAUAGGAAGGGCUGUAGCACAAAAUGUACUUUUAAGUAAUUGCCCCAUAGAUCCUAUAUCUAUCUAUAUGAAAAAGAAAUCAUGUAACGAAGUGGAUUAUUAUUUGUACAAUUGGUACUUCGAACUUGGAACGAGCAUGAAGAAAUUAACGAUACUUCUUUAUCUUUUGAGUUGUUCUGCCGGAUCGGUCACUCAAGAUCUUUGGUCUCUACCCGGACCCGAUGAAAAAAAUGGGAUCACUCCUUAUGGACUCGUUGAGAAUGAUUCUGGUCUAGUUCGUGGCCUAUUAGAAGUGGAAGGCGCUCUGGUGGGAUCCUCACGGACAUGCAGUCAGUUUGAUAAGGAUCGAGUGACAUUGCUUCUUCGACCCGAACCAAGGAAUCCCUUAGAUAUGAUGCAAAAUGGAUCUUGUUCUAUCCUUGAUCAGAGAUUUCUCUAUGAAAAAGACGAAUCGGAGUUUGAAGAGGGGGACGACCGGCAACAGAUAGAGGAGGAUUUAUUCAAUCACAUAGUUUGGGCUCCUAGAAUAUGGCGCCCUUGGGGCUUUCUAUUUGAUUGUAUCGAAAGGCCCAAUGAAUUGGGAUUUCCCUAUUGGUCCAGGUCAUUUCGGGGCAAGCGGAUCGUUUAUGAUGAAGAGGAUGAGCUUCAAGAGAAUGAUUCGGAGUUCUUGCAGAGUGGAACCGUGCAGUACCAGACACGAGAUAUAUCUUCCAAAGAACAAGGCCUUUUUCGAAUAAGCCAAUUCAUUUGGGACCCUGCAGAUCCACUCUUUUUCCUAUUCAAAGCUCAGCCCUUUGUCUCUGUGUUUUCACAUCGAGAAUUAUUUGCAGAUGAAGAGAUGUCAAAGGGGCUUCUUACUCCCCAAAAAAAUCGUCCUACAUCUCUAUAUAAACGCUGGUUUAUCAAGAAGACGCAAGAAAAGCACUUCGAAUUGUUGAUUAAUCGCCAGAGAUGGCUUAGAACCAAUCGUUCAUUAUCUAAUGGAUCUUUCCGUUCUAAUACUCUAUCCGAGAGUUAUCAGUAUUUAUCAAAUCUGUUCCUAUCUAACGGAACACUAUUGGAUCAAAUGACAAAGGCAUUGUUGAGAAAAAGAUGGCUUUUCCCGGAUGAAAUGCAAAUUGGAUUCAUGGAACAGGAUAAGGAUUUCCCAUUCCUUAGCCAGAAAGAUAUGUGGCCAUGA